AUGAGUAAAUUGACUUAUCUGCCAACUGAAUUAUUAAACUUAAGACACGUUUAUAAAUAUGAUAUUUAUCUUCAUGAAUUGGAUAUUACAACUCCACAACAGCUACCAUUUUUCACUCCACCACCCAAAUUGUCAACAAGAUUUCAUACAAGUUCAGCAAACAAUAACAAUGUAUAUCCUAUCUCUGCCUUUAUAUUGAUUCAACAACCAUUAUACUGUCAAACACAUUCUAAUUCAAAUUUACCCAAUUGUUAUAGUCCAUCGCAUCCAUUUAUACAAGAUUUAGUUCAACCAAUUUUCACUUCUUCUCCACCUAUCAGUCCAAUAUCAUUAUCAUCACCAAUAACACCAAUUGCUAUACCAGUAAUUGAAAUUGAUACUAAUAAACUGGUUCCCUUUGGUGGUGCUCCUCUAUCUAGUUUAUACAACAAGGGUUUUCAACGUCGAGAGCUUCAACAAAGGUCACAGCAACAACAAAAGCAAAAUUAUCCUCAUAAUAAAGAACAUUAUAGUAAAUUAAAGAUAUUUCCUUUGUACACCACACCAACUAGUCCCCAAAGUGAAGAAAACAUUUUAAAACCAGGUAAAGGCAAAGAUCGAAACAUCAAUCAAGGGAUUAUCACCAAUAAUGAGAGCAAAACCCCAUUAUUACAGUCAUCAAGCUCACCUACAGAAUCGUCUUCCACAUCCCAGUCUACAUCUUCUAGUGAUGUUAUAAUACAAAUAUAA